UAUCAUUGGGAAAUGCUGUUAUGAUGUUUUUAGUUGAACUUCAUUAUACCCGAAAACAAUCGUUUACUUGGGAAAACAAUCGUUUACUUAGAAAUCUCAAAAGAAGCAAGCGGCUCCCCCAAUCAGAUCCGAGUCAAAGAGUGUGGAGCUUCCAAAAGAAACCCCUCCAAAAACCCACUAACUCGCUGGAAUCAGCCGUCUCCAGAACUCUAGGGUUUAAGAUUGGGGUAAAACGCAAUGGCGGCGGUCUGGUGCUGCACGGCGGCGAAGCGGUUGGUGGUCGCAUCGGAACGGCGGAUUUCGUAUUUGUCACAGUCGUCUUCAGUUAGCCGCAGCACACCGGCGAUGGGAGAAGCGCCGGUCCUGUGCGGCCGAGGGGAUAAGAAGACAAAGAAGGGGAAGCGGUUCAAAGGAUCGUUCGGAAACUCAAGGCCUAAGAAGGAGAAGAAGAUCGAACGCAUCAAGGACAAAUUGGAGGUCCCUAGGUCCACUCCAUGGCCUCUUCCUUUCAAACUCAUCUAGUAAUUCUAUUACCGUUCCAUGUUUGUCUCUCUAUAUGUUUUGUCUGUGACGAGAAUGAAUGUAUUGUUAAUUUUGAAUGAUUCAGUUGAAAUUUUCAUAUAGUUGGAGGUUCAUAUGAUUAGCAAAUGAUGAAAUAUGAUUAUCAUAUUACUUUUAAUUGUUUGGAUAUGUGGGUUUGGCGGUCCACGGGAUAAACAAUAAUACAAUGAGAUGUUUCAGGGGGGAAAAUGUACAGGCUUAACCUCCCCCCAUUUGGCGAGCAAUAAUUCCCUUCAAGACAAGAUGGCCUCUGUUUUUGGGUAUCUAUAGUUUCUAUGCGUUCCCUUUUUGAAUCCCC